CUUGUUUCAAUUUCAAUGAGUUUGUUGACUUGUUUGAUACACUUGUCGUGUGUUUUUAUCAUUUAUAAAAUUAUUGAUUUUUAAUAAUCAUGAUUAGAUUUAUUUCUUUUGAAGAACGUAAACGUGAUGCAAUCAACAGGAUGGAAGACGACGAUGAAUUGGGAACAAAAGUUGAACUUUAUAUUUAUGAUUUGACAAAAGGAGCAGCAACCUUGAUGGCACCAAUUUUAAUAGGAAGACAUUUGGAUGGUAUAUGGCAUACAUCAAUUGUUGCAUAUGGCAGAGAAUAUUUCUACGGACCAACCGGUGUACAAAGUAUUAGACCAGGUGGAACUCCAUUGGGUGAACCAUUAAAAAUUGAAACAUUGGGUCAAACAUUUCUUCCAUACUCGGUAUUUCUCGAGUACAUCAACGGACUUGGUACAUCAAAAUUUGCACCGGGUUCGUAUCAUCUGUUACGUUUAAAUUGCAACUGUUUUUCUGACGAAGUUAGUAAUUUUCUUGUUGGCAGUGGUAUUCCAAAAUACAUACUUGAUUUACCAGAAGAAAUUCUUAAUACAAAAAUUGGACAAGCAUUAGCACCACUUAUUGAAACACUUGCUAGUCAUUCAAGUGCUGGUUUUACUGUUGGUCAUAGAUUUGUUGAACCACGUAUACAAAGAGAAUUAUCACCAGAUUAUCAAUUAUUAAAUACUGAAAUUGAAGAAGCAAGAUUAAAUUCAAUUGCAUUAGAAGAAAGACGUAAUGUAUUGAAUGAAAAAUUAGCUAAAAAAGAAAGAAAAAAAAAGAAAAAAAAGAAAGAUAAAAAAGAUAAAAAAAUUGAACAACAAAGUGGUAGUGAAAGUAAUAGUACUGGACCAAGUAAUUACGAAACAAUGGCAGAAAGUGAAGUUGUAGAAAUUCAAUCAUCAAAUGGUGGUGAUAUUGGUGCUGAAAUGAUGCCAUCAGAACGUGUACUACAAAUGGAAGCUGAAGAAAGACGUGAAGUUGAAGAAAAAAAACGUCAACGUGAUCCACCAAUUGUAUUUAAAGAUGAUAUUAAUUUAACAAAAGAAUUUGAAUCACUUGGUAAUAUACUUGAUGGUAAAUUAAAUGAUACUGAAUUAACAAAUCUUGAUGAGCUACGUCAGUAUGUCAUUGAAAAUGAAGGAUCAUGGGCACUUGGUGAUAAUUUUCUAAAUUUUAUUGGUAGAAUAUUGUAUGACAAAACAUUACAAAGUGAAGCAAGAGUUAAAUUAUUAAAUAUACUUGGUUAUGCUGCAUUGAAAGAUGAUGUUAUAUUAUUGCUACAUCAAGAUCGACGUGAACAUAUUCUUAUGAAUUAUGCAUUUGAUAUUGAUCGUCAUCCAAUUGAAGAACAACUUCCACUUGCACAAUUUAUGGCAAAUAUGUUUGAAAAUUUAAGUAGCUCUGAAUGGUUACUUUAUAUAUCUGAAUGGCAAUAUAAUAAUCAAGGUAUAAGCAAUAUAAGAGUCACAACAAAAGUAUCAGUACACACAUUGCUAUCAGAAUCAUCUGCUCUUCAAGAAAGAGGUGCAGCUAUUAUUCACAACCUUGCUUGCAAGGAGAAAAUGAACAAAAACAAAAAACUCCGGCAACUAUUACCAAAUGGCAGCAUUUCUAAGGUAUUUGAUGAUGUUGCUGUUGAAUUAACAAUGGCAAUAUUACAAUACUUCAAUGGAAGCCCAUCAGAAGAACAACUUUAUGCUUGUAUGAAAUCACUUGCACGUUUUACACAAAUAAGUGGACAAGAAGUGCCACAAUUGAUCCAAAUGAUUGGACCAGAGCCCAAAAAAUUCCGUGGUAUUUCACAAAGGAUCGAUGAAAUGGUUGAUCUUGUCAGCAAAAAACUUCGUUAAUUAAUAAAAAAAAAUAAACAUAAUCAAAAUUAGAUACUUAUUAUUAUUACUAUUAUCUUUUUGUUUAAAAUACUUGAAAAAUUUCAUAAUUUUUUUUUACCAGUAGAUUGAUUUUUCAAUUUAAAAAUAAUAUUUCUUUUUAAAAAAAAAAUAAAAUAAAAUGUGCAUUUUUUUGUUUACAAUCAAUAAUUUUUUCAUGAUCUAUUUAUUUUCCUUUUUUUUUUGUGAGUUUUAAUUUAAGUAAAUAAUUAUUGUUAUGGGCUAUGUACAAAAUAUGUGUCAUUUAAAU